AUGACUGCGGAAUGGCUACCAACUUUAUCUGUCGCUGGCACGCGGCGGCUUUGUGCCGCAAGUGAGAUCGGAGCAUCCUAUUGGCUCAAUCGGGGAUUAUGCAAGCCAUUGAUUACAAGCUGUACCAUAUCGUAUGGUACAUUGCGAUACCAAUACCGCCAAACCAGCGAUGACAUGAGAUUGUCAGGACGAUCGAGCUCGAAACACCCAGGGACGACGACGAGCAUCGAACGAAAAGCAACCACAACAGGCAUCUUGGAUACCGCGGGCGUGAGCGAUUGAUUGCAGACCAGGCAGAACUCAACUCCCCGCAACCCAGGCCUGCUGCAGCAGAACCCCAUUCUCCACCGGCCACCCGCUCCAUCCUCUCCAUCACUGCCUGGCGGCUGGCGCUCCCUGUUGGUUGGCUGGUGUGCCAUUUCGAGUCAGCUGUUGUGCGUCACUCGCCGUUGCUGCUCCAAACCUCAACUUCCCGGAUUUCUCCCCGUCUGCCCAAACUCACAAACCUCAUCAACCUCGCUCACUGCAACCUAUCUCUCCUGUUCCUGCUCCCGUCUUCCUCUCCCUCUCUUUUGACCAAGUGGAAAUACUCCGGAAGAUGUUCCACUAAAAGUGCUGUUCCCCCUUCUUGGGAGGAAUCCGCUGCCCGUCUUCCGAUCUCUGGGGUCCUGAGAUCCAGCACGAUUUACUUUCCUUGAUGCCUCCCCAUAACCUAUCCGAUAUCUCCAUGCUAUCACAAUAAUGUUCACUGCCAACGAGCUCCGUUCCCGCACUUGUCGAAUUCCUGCGAGCUUAAGCUGUGCCUCAUAAGGCUGUUCUCUCCAUCAGCUAUCAACAGCCACCCCUGCGAAUCAACCUACUGGUGCCUGCGUUUGUUGUCAAGUAUCCAUCGUGAACAUGGACAGCUCCCAAACGCACAAGCCUGAUACCUUUUUUCCUCCUGCCUGAAAAAAUAUCCCUCCUUCCUCACCGGCCUCCCACCCAUUUAAAAACCCUCACGCGAGAUUUCAUACCC